CGAUUUGCAGAAGCACCAUCGAAACCAGGAUUAAGCUUUAUUAAGUAUUUGCUCGCCCGAAUUCUUCUAGAAAAAACGUUGUUUAUCCCAAGUUUUUUUACCUCUGCUUGUUCAACUCUAACCCAAUUGUUUCUCGUUCCCUGUACAUAUCUCAAGUCUUCCUGGAUUUUUCAUCAUAUCUAUUAGCCUAAGCAACUCCAAAAUGAACAUCUACUAGUAGAGGGAGGUCUUGGUUGACAAGUGGGGUUAGAAUUGCUGCUAUGUCCAGAUUCUGUAUUUGUUUGAUUUCUUUCUUUUUAACAUUAUUUGUGCAUUUCUUCUUGGUCCAGUUAAAUUCAAUAUAUAUAAAAAGUAAUGUCAUGGGUCCAGAUAUGUACACAAUAUAUACAUUAUAUAAUCAGUCAAUAAAGUUUCCUUCUGCGUUACCUAUGGCAUUUUAUUGUUUUGAGCUCAAUAGAUAAAUUUCACAUAUUGUUGAUUUUACAAAUAGUGGUUAUUAGGUUUAAAUUAUCAUUUUUCUUUUUCUGCCAUUCCUGGAAAUUUUGUUGAAUCAUCAAAAGAUUCAUUCUGCUCAAUUGAUGGAGACUUUUGGGAUCAGUUCAUCAGCUAAAGACUCACUCUAGACAAGUGUGGAGAACUUCUAGGAUAAUUGACUGAACUUCUGCAGUCCAGUAUCCAUUUUCCCUCCUUGAUUCGAUCAGUAUGGAAAUAACCUGCAUCUUUCCAGAUUAUAUAUACAUGACUUCACUCUUCCCACAUCACUUAAUCUCACCAGAAGUCAAGGGGUCCUCGAACGGGGAUGGGAAAGGGCAAUGGCAACUGCUUCUGGAGAACACCGAAGUGGUGGCAAUGCAUAUGGCCUUAACUCACCACAACACAGUCUUGAUCUUUGAUCAAACAGAAGCAGGCCCUUCUGGGCACCGGCUUAGAAGGCGCUACAAUGGCACUAGGUGUACUAGUAUGCGCAGGGACGUAGAAGACUCAUCAUGUUAUGCACACUCGGUGGAGUACAACAUUUCUAGUAACAAGCUGAGACCUCUGAAGCUUUCCAGUGAUACAUGGUGCUCCUCAGGUUCUUUUUUGAGCAAUGGGACUCUUCUGCAAACCGGAGGACAUGGGAGCGGCGCUCAAGGAGUUCGAUCCUUUAGUCCUUGUGGGGGAAAUGUCAACUGCGAUUGGAGGGAAUCGAAGCUAUCACUGACUAAUGAUCGUUGGUAUGCUUCCAGUCUACUACUCCCAGACGAGGAUCGGGUUAUAGUGGUAGGUGGAAGAAGGGUAUUUACUUAUGAAUUUAUACCAAAGCUGUAUACUAAUGAAGGCUCUUUUGACUUCCCAUUCUUGCGCAACACAUAUCAAAGAAGAGAAGGGGGAAACAACCUCUAUCCCUUCCUUCACCUUUGUCCAAAUGGUAGAUUGUUCAUAUUUGCCAACCGAGACUCCAUUCUCUUCAACUACCGUGAGAACAGGGUGGUCAAGCACUACCCACGCAUACCCGGAGAUGGCUCCAGGAACUACCCGAGCUCUGGCUCAUCAGCCAUUCUCCCCUUAGACUACACAAACAACUUCACAAAGGCUGAAGUCAUGGUGUGCGGUGGUGCGGCCUUUGGAGCUUAUAGAGCAGCAAGAGAGGGCAGGUACUUGAAAGGCUUGAGCUCUUGUGGAAGAAUGGUGAUCACAGGUAACAAACACAAGUGGAACAUGGAGUUCAUGCCCGGUCCACGCCUCCUAUGCGACAUGCUGCUACUCCCAACCGGAGAUGUCCUGAUCAUCAAUGGAGCUAAGAACGGUGCUGCAGGUUGGAACUAUGCAAGGAAUGCUUCACACGAGCCUUACCUUUACCGCCCAAAGAAGACAUUAGGCAGAAGAUUCUCAGUGCUCAAGUCCACAAGAAUUCCUAGAGUGUAUCACUCCUCGGCCAUUCUCUUACCUGAUGGGAGGGUCUUAGUGGCCGGUAGUAACCCUCACAAUAGGUACAUUUUCGAAAACGUGGAUUUUCCAACUGAGCUUAGGCUACAAGCAUUUGUUCCAGACUAUAUGGAUAGUCCGCACCAUCGAUUUAGACCUACUAAUGUGACCAUACGAUAUGGCCAUAAUGAUCGUUAUGGCGUGAGGUAUGGUAGAGAGUUCAAUGUGAGUUUUUGGUUGGGGACUGAGCCGAGCAACGCGGUGGAGUUCACUGCUUAUGCUCCGCCAUUCGCGUCACACUCGAUAUCCAUGAAUCAGAGGCUACUGAAGCUGAGGUCCAAGAGUUUGGUGCGGGAUGUACAUGGAUGGGUAGCUGCAGUGUUGGAGGCUCCUCCGUCUUCUUCGGUUGCACCAGCUGGUUAUUACAUGUUAACUGUUGUUAAUGGUGGAAUUCCUAGUCUGUCUCAGUGGAUGAGGAUCCUACAGAAUUCUGGAGGUCGUCAUUGAUCUACAUGUAUCUUAGAUGAGGACUGUGAAUAAUAUGCA